GUCCAGAACAAAUGGUCGUCUGAGAAACAUAACAAUGGAAAAAGACGUGAAAGAGUUUUCUGCGGUUUGUGGUCAAGCUGAAACUUCAAGCGGGAGUUCUGAAAGCCCGUCAAUUAUGUAUGACAGUGAUUCUUCGCAGGAAAACCAGGACUUUAAUUCAGAAAUGUGCCAGAAAGGACGUAGUAGACCGUCUGGAGCAAGGCGAAGCAUGGUUAGUGAUAAAAAUGGUGAUGAAACGGAAUUGCAAGAACUACGACUUAAAGUGAACUCACGAGAAAGAAAGAGAAUGCAUGAUUUGAACUCUGCCUUAGAUGGAUUACGGGAAGUUAUGCCUUAUGCUCAUGGACCUUCAGUACGAAAAUUAUCAAAAAUUGCGACUCUGUUACUGGCAAAAAAUUAUAUCCUGAUGUUGACAAAUUCUUUAGAGGAAAUGAAAAAACUUGUAAGUGACGUGUACAGAUCGUCGGAUAAACGUCAUUCACCGACGCCGCCGGUUCCGGUCCUCCAGCCGCAGCCGACACAUCAUGGCCUACAUUACCCUUUGGUGCCCACUUCAACACGGUCGUUGGUUUCACCUGAAAUGGACGACAAAUCGACUGGGAAAGAAAAAUCUCUGGCAAGUGCGAUAACUCCAGUAACUGUAAGUGAGCAUCAUGUGUUUGAUCCUCGGUGGCAGACGCCGUGUGCAUGUACUCAGUGUUUAUAUGUACAUUCAAGGAGAGGCUAUAACCCAGGAUUUCCGCCGUUAUAUUCUCCAUAUCCAAGGAAAGGCAAUGAACAUCAUUAG